CAAAUGUACGUCACCAAUCGAGAGACAAACGCGUAUCUUAUCAGAGGCUUUGCAAAAAUCAAUCUUUGUUUGUAGUUAUGAGGAACCUGCAGGUGCUUUUCAACGUAUGUAAUAAACAUUAAUUAGUUGUGGUGUUUGGUGUUGCGUGUUCUUCUGAGCUGGUUCAGUGUUUCGAGUGUUCCGCUAGUGUUUGUUUGCUGGCUGGUUGAAUUAUUGUUGUCAAGUGUCGCAUCAGCAACAUUAAUCUCUGGCAAAGAAUGACAUUCAUUUUACACUGAGAAUGAUAGCGCAGAACAACAAUUUUUACAACAGUCGCGUUCAUUGGGUGGAAUAUUCGCGCUAAUGACUGCUGCUAAUAAAGAAAUGGCGUUUGAACUGGUACUUUUAGGGGCGCUGAUCUUCAUUUUCAUCGUCUCAUUCUGUGGAUUAGUGCAAAAAAUCAAACAGACUUACACCAGAGAGCGUCUUUUGGCAGAACGUCUGGCAAGACGGGCAGAACGACAAGCCCGACGAAGAUCCGUGGAUUUUACGGAUAUUUAUGUGAAUCCCUCAUUCAAUUCCCCGGCAAAUGGAGGGAUUUUUCCUGGCGCGCCUCCUCCUUACUCGCAACAUUAUACUGAACCACCGCCAAAAUACGAGGAAGCCAUCAAAGUGUGUGCGGCAAAUGUCCAAACAAGUCCUCAACAUGUGGAAACCCGUUCGAGUGAAACUCGGCCAGGUUCCGAACCGCCUCCAUAUACGAUCACUUUAACAACGCCAAUUGCGGCCACAUCAAUACGAAAUUAGUAGAAUUUAACUUUAUAACUGGUGCUCAAUGAAAGCUUCACAGAUUCUUAAGAUCUUAGUGGCAAGAGUAGAAUUAGGAAAGAGUAAAUUAAGGGCUUAAUUGAGGAAACUAGUAAUUAAAUUAAUUUGUUGGUUAAAUAAUUCGUAUUUAAAUACAUAUACUCAUUAAGGUAUUUCUUGAGGGAAAAGAGAGACCGGGAACUUUCGGCUGGUUCGAAUUUUUCUGGAUUAUGUUCAAUUGCAUUUUAUUUAAAAAAAUUAUAUUAACGUCUGCACCUAAA